AUGCGGCCCCCGAGAAUAGCCAUCCUCGUCCUCUUCCUCGCCGCCUCCCUCUUCCUCUUCUGCCGCUCCGUCGUCUCGCUGCGGGAUGCCAACCAGUCGCCCGCCGCGCCCCUGAGCCCCCACAGGACCGCAACGCCCUUCCGGUCCUUCCUCUCUUUCACCGCGCCCUUCACCCUCUUCCCGCCAAAUGCCGCCAUCUCCCUCACCGACGAUAACAGCACCUUCUUCCCUGCACGACCCGCCGCCUUCGGCCCUCCCCUGCCCGCCAAGGGCUUGAGCGGCCAGCUGUGGAUCGGGAGCGGCUUUGCCGAUGAGAACCUCCCGGAUGGCGAGGGGGAAGGCGAACUGGGCUGCAGCGACUUGCCCGGCUACGGGGAUGGGACAGCCAUAAUAGGCUUGAAGGGUACAACCGGCGGCAUGAGCGCAAAGGCCAAAGCCGUCGCCGCUGCUGGGAAGGGCGAGAAGUCAAAGAGGUCGAACCUGCCCAAGGGUCCUGCAGUUGACCCUGCAGCAGUCAUCGACACAAAGGAAAAGGAUAGGACCGGCCCUGUCGACGACGGCACCGACGACUACCUACACCAGACGCUCGCCUCCAAGGCUCCCGGCUACGAGAUGACCACGGUGACGUCAAGCCAUGCCGACAUACAGUCCAUUCAAGAGACGGCAGAGAUUACCGGAAAGGUGGUUCUGCUCAGUCGCGGAGGGUGUGGCUUCCUGGAAAAGGUCAAGUGGGCCCAGCGGCGAGGCGCUGUUGGUGUUAUUGUUGGGGACAACCAGAAAGGCAGCCCGCUCAUCCAAAUGUUCGCACGAGGCGACACCUCCAACGUCACCAUCCCCGCCAUCUUCACUUCUCGAACGACGGCCCACCUCCUCUCCUCUCUGAUGCAACCUGGGAGCUUUAUCGAAGACAUCUUCGACGAGAAUGGCAACCCGGUUCUCAAGGUGCAACAGUCGGACAAGCUGCGGAAGAGCAAGGCUAAGACCCAGACUAAUACUGCCCAAGAAGCAGCCAGACCUGUGGUUGAGUCCAAGUCUGCUAAAUCGAAGGUGACAAGGAAAGAGUCCUCGAUUGCUGCGGACGACACCCUCCCCAGAGAACAACGGUCGAGGAGCUGGAUGGCACGCUUGUUCGGCGAUGGCAGCGGGCCCAGGGCGGCAACCGAGCAGAGCCGGCCUCCGAGUAGCGGUCAGCAUGACUGGGUCCUCGUUGAUGACUGGAGUGACGAGAAGGAUAAGGUGAUUCGCAGCAGCCUAGAGAAGGCCUCGAAGAAGGACAAAGCUGCUGCGACUUCGGCAAAGAAGACCUCAGGAGAUGGGUUCCAGAUCGGUGUGCAAGACUGGCGUGAUCCUGACUUGGUGGAUGUUUCCGGGACAGGGGCAGACAAGAGUGCGAACAGAGGCAAGGCCUCGAAUACCAAGGGCAAGGAUGUGAGUGGAGAGUCGCAAGGGGCAGGGAGCUCCGGAAAAGGAUCAGAUAAGAAGUCCGCAUCGCCGAAGGACGCGAACGGGCCAAAAGGUGGCAGUAUCACGCCUGGAAGUGGCCAGUAUCCUCCUACGUCGUCCAAAGACAGGCAAACUCCAUCGUCCAGGACAGGAAAACAUCAAGGCAGCUCAUCAGGCCUGAUGUCCAAGCUCUUUGGCGACGACGACGGGGCGGACUUCGCUCAAGCAAACCCUCCACCAAAGCCGAUAAAUACGCCCCUGACCAAGGAGCCCACACCCAAGGAGGUUGUACAUGAGGGUUUGUGGGUUACCAUUACGCCUACCGGCAGCACUGCGCCUUUCUUCGACACACUCCUGGUAUUGGUUGUCAGCCCACUGAUCACGUUGACCGUUGUGUACGCGCUCCUCAUCCUGCGGGCUAAGAUCCGAAGGCGGAGGUGGCGCGCUCCCAAGUCCGUGGUUGAGCGCUUGCCCGUCCGUACAUAUCACACCGUCGCAUCGACCACCCCUAGCCAGACACCACGGCUGCCAUCACCUACAAGCUCGUCGCCGACAACGCCUUUGCUGCAAAGUUCAUCUCGCCCUAGACCGCGCUCACGGACUACUACUGGUGUUCCGGAAGCUGACGAUAUGUUGCGUGUUGACUCGCCGCUACAGCAAUCAAGGUCUCCAUCACGUGCGUCGCCGCCCCAUGAGAAGGAGAGCCAGUGGAAGAAGUACAUGGGACGACAGGUCGAGUGCGUAGUCUGCUUGGAAGAAUAUGUCGAUGGUGUCAGCCGUGUCAUGAGUCUACCUUGCGGUCAUGAGUUCCACGCCGAGUGCAUCACACCGUGGUUGACAACCAGACGGCGCACGUGUCCCAUCUGCAAAGGCGACGUCGUUCGAUCUCUCGCACGCGGAUCGCCAUCCAGCCCGAGAUACGAAGCAUAUCACGACGAUAGCGACGAAGAGGAUGACGCUGAACCAGAGGCCUCAGGCUCGGGGAGGAGGUCACCGACUGCCCAGGAUGCGGAUGUUGAAGAGGGCAUCUUGUCGCCGGCACCGCGAAACAUUUCUCGUAGGACCGGAAGAACAGACGGCUGGCUCGGUUUGCUAUCCAGCAGCUUUGGCACCAAUGCUUCCGCGUCAUCCUCUCGCUCUCGGGUCCCAGAUGAGGACCGUGACCGAUGA